GAAGCAGCUAUUGACAACUCUCAAAUGUGCACAAUCAUGAGCGCGGCCUAUAGAGGGACCCGACUACCGUUUACAGACUGUUACAGACUUCACAGUUCACGAACUUUUCCGACGAGGGUAGGAAGCGAAUGUGCAGAAAUGGUGAACCAAAACGUAGAAAAUGGGUUACAUUCGCUAAAAUUUAGUAGUGGACCACAUAAUUUAGGUGAUCCCGAUGAUACAACAUUGAGAAAGGUAGAAAAAGAUGUACUUAUACCGCAAUUAAUCCGAGACAAAGCGAAAGAUGAAAAAUGCAAGGAAGAAGUUGCGGAAUUUUCAAAAUGUUGUGCGGCUAAUAAUGUUUUUAUGGUCGUUAAAUGUAGAAAUGAAAAUUCUACUUUAAAAUCAUGCCUGACAAAAUGGUUCAAUGAUGAAAAGUUCAAAGAAGAAUGUAAACAGCUAUAUUUACAAGACAGAAAACGUUAUCGAAUGACUGGUGUGCCUAAUAAAUCAAGAUUUUCUCAAUUAAAGUCCUCAUAAGUUUUAUUGUUCUUUGAUGAAAACAAGCUUAGAAAUAUAUUAUAAAUGUAUAAAGUAUGAAUAAUAAAUUGUUUAUUAUCUUUUGCUUAAUAAAGUUAUUAACUUCUUCAGCAAUGAGAACAAUAAAAUGAGGUAUAUAAUCCUUUAAAAAAUGUAAACCAAAGCUAUAAUGUAGAUGCAUUUAUUUGCAGAAAUUAAUAAAUACGUAUCACAUACUGUUACCAUGAAUCAUAA